AUGCUCCCGCCCUUCUACACCACCGGUGUGACUUGCCAACACACAAAAUGCCCAUGUCUACCUGCUGCCACUGACCAUGGCCUCCAACCCACCCCCCUCAGCUGCCGUACCAGCCCAGAGGUUCGGCCGUCGACCAGCCCACCCCACGGUGCCACUGCCCUGCCUGUCCUGUCCAGCCGCUCUUGCCUUACCACCCUGUCGGAUAAACUUUGUCCACGCGCAUCGCAUCAUCGCGUCCUUCCAAAUACUUUCAUCAACCUAAGUAGACUACUGCAACGACGUAUCAACGCCCACCGCUUGUCUUGGGAACUAGACCUCCGGCCGCUCCUACCGCGCAACCGCACAACACGUCUUGUAGCCGCCUGUCAGGACCCGCUUUCGCCUCCAAACGACCGGCGCUACCAACAAGGCCAUGGCAAGGGUGCUAUCCAGGCUUGGAAGCUGGGGGGCAUUUGUCCAAAACUAGUCAUGGAACAGGCCUUGGGACCCCUUCUUCCAUAA